GCUUUACUCAAUGACCUGGAGGAGCGGCCGGUGGAGAGCGCGACGGUGGCGCGCGCGCUACCCCCGGUGGGCACGCCGCACGCCGCGCACGACCCCGCUCAGACCGAUAUCGUUCAGAUACUUGCCAAGAUCAAGGGCAGGAUGGUACGAGAAGGUCUUCGGCCGCGCGACUACCUGCGGCAGUUCGACAAGCACAACGAGCUGGUGAUCGCGCGGCCGGACUUCUACCGCGGCAUGGCCUCCGCAGGGUUCGUGCUCACGCCGCUAGAGAUGGACACCGUUAUGGACGUAUUCUGUGCCCCCACGCGGCGACGUUACAUCGACUACGACCGCUUCUGCCGCACGGUGGGCGAGGCGCUGGCGCAGGAGGGGUUGGAGCGCGCGCCGCUGCUGCAGCCGGUGCCUCACGCGCCGCCACCGCCAACCAACAACUUCCUUAACUUUGAGGAGCGCAGUAUAGUCUCCAAGGCCCUCGACAAGCUCUCCAAGCACCACGACCAAGUUUCGAACAUAUUCGAAAUCUUCAAGGAGGCGGACCGCGAGCAGUGCGGUAGUGUGCCGCAGGUGGCGGUGCAGCGCGCGCUCAGCCGGCGCGGCGUGCUGGCGCUGCUGUCGGCGCGCGAGCUGCAGCUCAUCUGCAAGUGCUUCGGCUACCGGCGUGGCUGCGGCGACGAGGUCUGA